AUGAAGAACAGCGAGAAGACGUUGUCGUCAAAAACAGAAGAAGAAAUGACUUCUGAUCUCAUCGUCUAUUGGGAAACUAGUUUAUUCGUUCGAAGACACCCAUUGCUGUUAGGUUCUCUCGAGUUUGCCAAGAACAAAACCCGAAAGAUGAAAACACUGCUUGAAUACGGUUUGUCUAUUCUCUUUUCCUACCUAGCUAUCCAUGAUUGUAUCAUGUCUUUAGUCGUUACAUACGUCACCAAUGUCAUUCUUCUGGGAAUUGGCGUUCUAUUUUUAUAUGUCGGAAUUCGGGAUAACUGUUGGUCCGGGCGUCUGGAUGUAUGUUUCUAUCUGCCUACGUGGAUGAUUCUGGUGGCUGUGCUGAUUUUUAUCGAUCGAUUGAUUUAUUGGAAACACAAAUUUAAUGGAGUGAUUUUUGAGGGAAAGUUUCCAAGACCAAGAAGCUCGAUUAGGAAUUCCAACAAGGAGCAAAUCAGACAAUGGCAGAAGGAUAAGCAGAAAAGAAGCUCUUCGAAGAAACUCAGGACUUCCAGUAUAGUUUUUCGGGUGAUUUUGUCCUUGGUAACCUUCGGUCUAACUAUAACUGCUCUUCACGUUCUCAUCGCUGCGGUCCACGGAAAAGGAGCCGAAAAUCCGGAUCCUAUAAUUUUCAGUUUCUAUUUCGGCCUACUUACCCUUUUUGUAUAUUUCUGUAUGCUUAUCAAAUACUUUUACAAUUUCUGUAUGUCUCGUGUUAAAAAAUCAAAAAGUACAACUCCGGCGCCUAUGCCGAAUCCUUGA